AUCACCUUGGUCACUUGACAGCUCAGUCCAUAUACAAAACACUGACGUUGUGCGCAUUAGAACUUUUGGUUGUGUCGCGUACACCGAACGAGAAGACCGGAUUUCGCUCGCAUUGGCGAACUGUGAUUGAUAAAAUGAACACCUUGCUCGCCAAAGUGGAGCAUAAAUGGAUUCUUUUAACGUUGAAACAAUCUCGAGCAACAACCACGACAGCUUGCAAGGCCCAAGUGUCCACACUUCCCUCUGAACCUGUCAUCGCCUCAAAGAAACCUUUCAAAGUGGAUCUGCUUGGUGGGAAACGUUACUCUUGGUGCAGCUGUGGACACAGCAAGAAUCAGCCUUUCUGCGACGGAUCGCACAAGUCCAAAGCCCAGGGCCUGUCUCCACUGCGCUUCAUCCCGGAGAAAGAUGGUCCAGUUUGGUUGUGUGGCUGCAAACACACUAACACGCCUCCGUACUGCGACGGCACACACAAGCAGGACUUCAUCGCGUCUGCUCCUCUGCAUCGAGACACUGAUUAGUUCAACAACACGCCUUCAAAAUCAGAGCUUUGGACUUCAACGGAGAAGAAAAGGGCGCUGGAGGUUUGGAAGCAUGACGUGUGAAUGUUAAGAAGGGGUGACUUAAUCCCAUAUUGAUAUUGGAUAUUGGUCUAAUAAAAGCAAAAACAAUCUAUUAUA